AUGGUCCUCACCCACUCGACGAACCACACCUACUCUCACCCUUUCCCGACCGUCACGCUCGCCUACUUCCUCCGAUACUCGUCCCCCAAGCUCAAUCCCUUCUCCACUCAUGUUCUCAGCACCGAUACCAUCGACAGCCGCCUCGACCCGGCCACGGGCAGGCUGCACACGACACGCAUCCACCUGAAGAAGUCGCGCAUGCCCGCGCCCGUCUUCAAGCUCCUCCCGGCAUCCAUCACCGGCGGUGGCUCCGCUGAAAAAGCGAGCUACGUCCUUGAGACAUCCGUCGUCGAUGUCCGUGAGGGCUGGAUGCGCACGGAGAGUCGCAAUCUCAACUUCAUGAACGUCCUUUCCGUCAUCGAAAAGCAGGACUUUCGCCUCCCCGCGGAUGCCCCUGCUGAUGCCGCGACCGACGUUACGACCACUGUUAUCUACAGAUCUCGUCUCGGCGAGAGGCUACGUGGGGGCAAGAAGGACAUGCCCCAGGCCAACGCCAUCCCGGAGCAACCGGAGCAGAAGGAGGGCCGUUGGAUGCCUGGCUGGAUGAGUGGCAUCGGUGCGCGGGGCAUCCAGCGCAGCAUUGAGAACCUGGCUUCUAGCAAGACGCAGGACCAGAUGGGCAAGAGCCGUGAGGGCAUGCGUGUCGUUCUCGAGAGGCUUAGGAAGAACGGCGUCGUCGGCGUGCUGGAGAUGAUGAGACGAGAACGCCAAUUGGCUUGA